AUCAAAUAGGGCUUACUCCCGAGGAAGUCAUUUCGAAAAUUAUGGCUAAUCCUGAUGUUGCUAUGGCUUUCCAAAAUCCAAGAGUUCAAGCAGCCAUCAUGGAUUGCUCUCAGAAUCCACUGAGUAUCGCAAAAUAUCAAAACGACAAGGAGGUGAUGGAUGUCUUCAACAAAAUAUCUGAACUAUUCCCUGGGGUGUCGGGUUCACCUUGAUUCGCUCCUUCCUGCUUAAGAAGCUGUUUAUGUGACCGCUCCUUGUCAUUUUUGUUCUGUUUGAGUGAGGUAUCAGCCAGAACUGUUGGGCUCUAAGAUGUACUGCACACUCGGUUGGUUGUGUGCAAGCGAAAUGGUCAUUUUGCAACGGAUGCGCAUGAAACUGUCGCCUCCUUCUUAAGAAUUUAUAAACUCAUCGCCCUUCUAAAAUUUUGUGGGUGUUAACAUGCCUUUGUUUACCAGUAGUCUUUAGAAACCAAAUUCAGCUGUAAAUUUGCCAGCUUUUUCAUGAUUUUAGAGUCACUUAUAAGCUUGUUCAACUGUAUGAUUUGAUUAAGAUAUGCUAUUCUUGUAUCUUGAAGUAUGUGUUCUUGCCUGGGACCUCUUAAGCAUUUCUUGCCGUAUUUUGCUUGA